AUGAGUGUGACCCUGGGAGAAGGUUGGCCAAAGUCCAGUACACUGGACAAAGUUUAUGCUUUGUACGAGAUGUACCAAGAGGAUUACAAACCUCAUGACUGCAAAGUUUUUGACAAGAAUAAGACAGGAGAGGUGUCUGUGAGGAAAGCCGCAAGAGCAUCGGUGGGCAGCCAAGAAGUGGGUGGAAUCGCAGAGCGCCCAAAGACUUGGAAUGGCAGAGUGCACUAUGUGUCACAAGUGGGCGACCUGUCCAAGAUCUUUUCUCUGUCAGUUCCUGUUGGCAUAGCUCUGAUGAUAGUUUUCCAAGCCAAUGUCACCACCGAGGAUCCUCUUUUUGACUGUCUGCGAGACCCUGACUACAAUGAACUUCUUGAGAUUAUAAACCUAGGUCUUCCUCACACAAAAACCCCUCACCAUGUGGCCAUUGUUGGAGCUGGUAUAGCUGGACUAACAGCAGCAAAGCUUCUGGAGGAUGCAGGCCAUAAGGUGACAAUCAUUGAGGCGAGUAAUCGUAUUGGUGGGAGAGUGGAGACACAUAGGAAUAAGACAGAGCAUUGGUAUGCUGAGCUUGGCGCCAUGAGGAUCCCCAGCUUUCACAAGAUCCUUUUGUCAUUAUCGGCAAACAUGAACCUUGAGCUGAAUGAAUUUAUAGAGGAAGACAUAAACACAUAUUACUAUGUCAAUGGGCUGCGACACAAGACCUACAAAGUCAAGGUAAACCCAGAUGUCCUGAAGUACAACGUAUCUGACAGGGAGAAGGGGAAAUCGGCAAGUGAACUUUUUGACAUGGCAUUGGGCAAGAUAAGAGAUGACCUGAUGACGUUUGGAUGUGAGAAAACAUUGAGGAUAUAUGACUCCUAUUCUGUAAAGGAAUACCUGGUGAAAGAGGGGAACCUGAGCCAUGGAGCUCUACGCAUGAUUGGUGAUAUUCUUAAUGAGAACGCCUUCUUCUACACUGCUCUGAUAGAGGCACUCUACAUCCAGUCAGAUAUCAAUGAUGAUACUGUGUAUUACGAGUUCAAAGGUGGCUCUGAUUCAUUGCCACGGGCAUUUUAUAAACAGCUCAACUCCACAAUUCUUCUCAACUCAAAAGUCAAAUUCAUCAGGCAAACAGACAGUGACGUGACAGUCUCAUAUCAAAACCGAUACAACACCCACACUCUUACUAACCUCACGGUUGACUAUGUCUUGGUGACAGCAACAGCUAAAGCCACUCUCUUCAUAGACUUUCAGCCUCCACUUUGUAACAGAAAAAUGGAAGCGCUACGCUCAGUUCACUACGCCAGCUCCACCAAGGUCGUACUGAGCUUCAAUGAGACGUUCUGGGAGAAGGAGGGCAUCCACGGUGGGAGAAGUAUCACAGAUUUACCCUCACGAUUCAUCUACUAUCCCAGCCAUGACUUCCCAGGGACCUCAGGAGGGGCUCUCCUGGCCUCCUACACUUGCUCUGAUGACUCAACACUCUUUCAGGGAAUUGAUGACCAAGAGCUGAUGAACUUAGUCUUGAAUGACUUGGUGAAGAUCCAUGGAGAGUAUAUCCGCUCUCUGUGGACUGGAGGUGUCGUGAAGAAGUGGGGCACAGAUCCCUAUAGCCUUGGUGCGUUUGCUAUCUUCACUCCAUACCAGCAGACAGAGUAUGCCAAUGCCCUGUCUGUAAAUGAGGGGAGGAUCUACUUUGCUGGGGAACAUACAGCCAGACCCCAUGGUUGGAUAGAGACAGCCAUGAAAUCUGCUAUCAGAGCUGCAAGGAACAUUAGUUCAUUUGCGGAGUAG